GAGGAACGACCAACCAGGCGUAAAGCUAAUAAAAUAAUCCCGCUCUCAAAUUGGCCUCAACCGGGAGCUGAACAAAUUUACUCACAGGCUUUUCUUCCUCUCUGCCACUCUCUUGCUCAUACACACGCACACGUCCACCCCACGGCCAACAUUUUUAAACUGCUAUGUCGUGACCGGAGCGAUGCAAAUGUCACACGAUUCAUUGGCUACUGUCAGUCUCCUGCACGAAAACGUCAAUGUUUUGGUUUGGCUGUGGAUGAAACUGGCUGCGUGUUGUCCGCCUACUGCUGUGGAGGGGGUUCGUUAAGGAGCCGAAGCUUUGUCAGGUUCGCUUCAGCACCUGGACAGCUCCCCUCGCAGGGUUCCCCGCUGCGCACGCCGGGGAAACCCUCGGCUGGGGAGCGCAACCUGGAUCUGCAUCUGGAUCAACCCCCCUUACCCCCCUCCCCAGCAUGCUCAGCCAAGAGGGCCGGUAUUUGAUUGUUGUGUUAGCGCUUAGAAGCUAAUAUGGUCUUGCCAAGUGACGAUGCUUCUUGCGUUUGAGCUACAGCAUCUCGUAGGUUUUGCAGUGAAAUCCUUGCAGCGUAACGGAGCAGCGGAAGCAGCGGUGGUGCUCGUGCAAUGCAAAAGUGCUAAGGAUUGCUGCAGCCUACACACACCGCGAGCCUGCUGCCGCUGCUUCACUUACUCUGAUCUCUACCGAGGGAGACAUUACUGUCAGCACGGGUGCAACGGAAGGCUCGGUUACCCAUCAACAAUGUAAAUCUUACACAGGUUCAACAUGAAAGCGGCAUCUCUCAGGUGGGAAGGUGAACUGCAGCUCUAAAACAGGUAGAAGCGAGUGGAGACCUUGUGACAAACACUACCACAACAGCACCACUCUCAUCAUCAUCCAGCAUCAUGGCCAACGCUGAGGAAGUGGAGCAGGCAGGUCUGUCAGACUUGGAGAUCAUCUCCCAGCCGGUGGAGGAUGAGAACCAGUAUCUAGCUCCUCCAGUCCAGCUGGUGAGCUUUGGCUACAGAGACCUGCCACUUGCUGCUCUGGACCUCUCGCUUGCUGGCUCGCAGCUGCUCUCCAAUGCAGAUGAAGAUGAAAACAGGGAGGGGUCCAACUGGCUGAAGCCAUGCUGCGGCCGUCGAGUGGCCCUGUGGCAGGUCUGUCUGCUUAGUGCCGGCUUCAACUGCAUCCUAGUGGCCUGUGUUAUCCUGGUUGUUCUUUUCCUGUCUUUGGAGCUGCUCAUUGACACCAAACUACUACAAUUUUCCAAUGCGUUCCAGUUUGCCAGCAUUAUCCACUGGAUCAGCCUUAUCAUCCUAUCACUAUUCUUUUCAGAGACUGUCUUUAGAAUUGUAGUGCUUGGGAUCUGGGACUACAUAGAAAACAAAGUUGAGGUAUUUGAUGGUGCUGUCAUUGUGCUGUCUCUGGCCCCAAUGGUGGCCUCGACUGUGGCCAACGGGCCCAGCAGCCCCUGGGAUGCCAUCAGCCUCAUCAUUACCCUACGCAUUUGGAGGGUCAAGAGGAUCAUUGAUGCUUAUGUGCUACAAGUCAAGGUUGAGAUGGAAUUGGAGAUCCAGCAGUGUGAGAAAACCAAAGCUGUCAGAGAGGAACAGCUGGAGCAUCUCACUCAGAUCUGUCAGGAGCAGGCUUUUGAGAUCAGGCAGCUUAGAGCCCAUCUGGCCCAGCAGGACCUGGACCUUGCCGCUGAACGUGAAGCAGCCAUGCAGAUACACCAUGUGUGGGGCAAGCAGGGCAGGAGUUUUCAGGUCGUAGAAGGUUUGACGCCUGGGGAGUCUGACGAUGAGGGCGGUCAGAGAAACCCCAGGGAGCCACAUGCCAGUGCAGAUCCAGUUGUGCGUGAUGACAUGAACAAUUACAUCAGUCAGUAUUACAGUGAAGCCAGCAGUGAUGCUGGAGCAUCUGGCCUAGGGACCCGAGUCAUCACCACGGCAGCCAUUGACGUCCACCUCCCCACUACUACUAACCCCAUCCAGUCAAAUCCAGUGCUUGCUAUGGAGCGGGUAAGCAGUGCUGUGAGUGACGCCUCCACCAGCAUAUCACGGUCUAGCGGCAGCCUUACAGCCCGCCCUCACAGCCUAAGCAGCCACACCCCGGGCUCAUCCAUGACAGACUGCAGUAGCAGCGCAGCUCAGGACCUCAGUCUGAGCUACAGCUCCCAUCACUGUUGCCCUCCUUCCUUCUCAGGCCAGGACCCCUGCAGGGACCCCAGCAUGGUGGUACAGGAGCUACUCUCCUCCCUUUCUGAGGACUCUUGCCUUGCUCAAAAGGGCCUGGUGGUAGAUCCCGUAAACCUUAAGCUUCCCAGUCCUACUGGCUCAGAAAAUGCCAGUCCUGAGCUGGAAAACAGAAUAAACAUCUUCAAUCGCAGGAACCAAGAGGAGAGGCGAGGCCGUGGAAGGGGAUGUGUUCUCCUGCAGACCAAGCCACUAAUCCAUCUGCAGGGCAGCUCCACUGAGCCAUCUUUGGAGGAGAAGUACCGACUUCUUGGCCCAUCUGACUCACCUUUGGGGCAUAUGCCCGACACAUAAGCUACAUUUACACAGAAACAGAAGCUUUUCUUCUCUUUUUACUGCCAUCCUUUGUUGGCAAUAUCUGAUCUCUUGUGACAAGUCAAACCUCACGAGAGGGACCACAUAAGAUAUAAAAAUGGGAUUUUUCUGUUGCUGUGUAAAACCAGUCAUAGCCAAUACAGAGCAAGCUUAAGCUGUAGCUUCCAGCUUGGAGAAAUGACUAAAGGAAUUCUGAGGCCCUUUGCCAUACUGUCCAACCUCCUCUGUUCCCGCUAAAUUGAUUUUUGAAAUCAGAUAAGCCUGGAUAUAGCACAACAAAGACUAAAAUAUCCCAGUCAUGGGAAUCUUAUGUGUUCUUGGACACAUUCUUUAUCAGGAAUUCUCACUUUGAACAGGUCAGAAAUGCACUGAAGAAUUAAAACCAGCAAAGGGCCAUUCAAGCCUGUAGUGAACUAGAACAGAAAUGCUGAACAAAUUUCAAGCUGUUAAAGGAGCAUUUUCUAUUGCUUUUUCUCAUAUCUUCUUUCUUUUCAUUUGUAUGAUCAACUUUAAAUGUUCAACAUGCUGUUCUUUGCACAAACAGCCACAGGGUACAUGUAACACAGGACUAACUACUGAAAUUACCCCGCUCCUCCUUUUUUACCUUUGCCUUUCUGUCACCCUUUUGUUUGAUUUGAAACCAUGAAACACGCUCAAAAACCUGUUAAAUAACAUUUUUUGUUUAAAAAAAAAUAUUAGUAAGGGUAUAUUUGUGUGGAUUGAAUGAAAAGGCAUCUGAAUGGACUCUACAUAUUAAACUAGACCAGAGUGCUUGUAGCAUGAACCUUUAAAAGAUACAUGCCAUACAUGGCGAGCAAAUUUCUUUGCACUUUAAUGUUUACAGACACUUUUGUAAACUUGAUAUGGAGGAAAUUGUUGCCAAAAUGGAGGUGUUGUUGUCUGAAUAAAAACAGCAAGAAUAAAAGUUAGUAUUUCCUUAA